AUGGCGGCAAAGGCAAACUUGCAAGCGCGAGCUUGCUGUAGGAUUUAUGUUUUUUCGUUUUUAUUAUUAUUUCUAUAUAUUGGCUUCGCUCAUUCAACUACCACACCGGCUACGAAUACAACAACAGUUCCAACUACAACAACUCCCACUACAACAACUCCAACCACAACAACGCCGACCACAACAACGCCAACCACAACAACGCCGACCACUACAACAACAGCAUUGCCUACUCAGCCUCCGUCUCCAAUCGCUAUUAACACUGAUGUAGGACCCUGUCCUUGUGACCUUACCGCCAAUGCUUGUGAUGUAAGGUGCUGUUGUGAUCCUGACUGCACAUCAAACGAUAUUGGAGCGUUCAGUUCCUGUAUCCCUACUUCAGUCAAUGUUGAUGACCGCAUGUGUGUCCAGUCCGAACUGCUGCUUCUAGAUAACACACAGUACACCAAGGAAUACACUCAGGACGGACUCUUCUGUAUCUAUUUCGACAACAAUGCAGAGCGUAAUUAUUAUACAAAUCCCGACCUGGUGUCCGAUACUGCUACAUUUGAAAACUAUUUGUAUCGAUUUGCUGACACCAACUAUCAACCAGGAGCCAUAGACAAAACACUAUAUGCUGAUGAGUACAAGAGCGGGGAACCAGUGUUCGUUGUAUAUCAGAAUCUGGCCAGGGGCUACCUAGGGGUCCCUAAGGCUGUGGGCUCCACAUUUUGUUCAGAUAGCAAUCCAGCUGCAUUCCUGGAAGAUGAGUCGUCUGAGUGUGUGCGAAACAUCUACACCCUGGACGCCACGACUUGUGUGGACACUGCACAGUGGAAGGCCUCCUCCUACUUCUCCGGGAUCAAAGUCGUUACUACCCCAUAUCUGUUUAACUGGAUCGUAAACCAGACGGGAGUGACCAACCCAGCAGUUACGACCCCCGCACCCACUACUGCAGCCCCCGUUACCACCACUGACAUCAAUGCUACAACAGCUGACUCAAAUACAACAACUCCGACAGUGGUCACCACAACUCCGACCGUUGUAACCACAGAUAACAGUACAGUUACCUCCCCUGUGAACACCACAGACAACGUAACCACAACUCCCACUGUCCCAACUACACCUAUUGUACUUAUCCCAGUGGAUCUGUACAACAACACGUACACAGUUCCAAUAACGGUGGACUCAGUGACGUGCCAGGAUGUAAAUGGACAAGCCUUAACCUGUCCCAGUGGAAGUACUCCUGAUCCUACCUUCAAUGCCAGUACCAGCAUCUGUAGUAACAUCGUGCUAGGGGUGGAGUAUAUUCUUGAUUAUGGUACCGACAUGCCUGGAUUCCUGAUCGAGACUCAGCAGGUUGUGACCUCUGCCAGGGUCAGACUGACCUUAGGGAAUAUCAACCUGGCCAGUCUUCCUGUCACUCAGAGAUACAGCUCUAAAUUUGAAGGAGCAUCAGAGACAAAUGUGUCGGCCAAGAGUGGAAAUCCGGGAUACUUGGUGGGGAAACCCGUGAGGGCUGGUAUCCGCUUCAACAUCGCUGGAAAUUCCAGUUUUGCCAUAUCAGAGAGUUCAUACGACUUGACACUUGUCAAGUCAACAGGCUCAGGUGAUUGUGCAACAGGCUCUGCCAACCGACUCCAGGUGAACUUUGGGGAGGAUGUCAGGACAGGAUGUCAGAUCAGAUUCAACUAUGACAAUGUGACAGAAUACUGUACCGCAAUCGAACAGCAAAUUAUAAAUGCUUUGGAGGGCUUAGACGGGAUAAUAUAUGAACCUGGUAACCGAUCUGUCGCCAUAUUUGGUAACUCGGACCCUCUCGUCACGGGUGACUGGGUACCCAUCAUCAGGAAUGCACCUACAGCUGCACAGGUGGUCACCUCUAUCAAUGGUCCGACGUGUUCGGUGACGACUGGCAUGCACGUCCAGAUUAUUUACGCAAACAUUGGAGCACUGAGCAACCCACAGCGGAAAAUCCUUGGGGCCCAGUUUAACUAUGAAGAGCCACAACCUGUUACAUUCAGGUGUAUUGGUGUGUUUUGUUCACCUGGAAGCUCCGCCCUCACUCAGUCAGUUGAGAUCAGCCAAUCGGUCACCUUCAUUGAUGUAUCGCAGCCUAGCACCGGCUAUGUUGGGGAACCACCCAUAUUCCUGGCCAAACUGCCAUAUGAUUUCUUCUACCCUUUCCUUCAGUCUGCCGGUCAGCGAACGGUCAGCAGCAGUGUGUUACUGACAGCUCUACUCUGUAUAGUCAAACUUUUGUCAUAGCAUUGAUUUCAGUUAAAGUACAGUACUGUAAAAUCACUAACUUUCAAGGGGUCUUUAAUUUUGCUUUUCCUGGGUAAUCUUUAUCCACAAUUUUAUAGGUCUAAGUAGAAGUAAUGAUAAGUUUGACGUAAAGCAAUUCUCCGUUUGAGUGGGUACCUGUAAUCAACAAAUUCAUGUACCCAAGGAAUGGUGUUUUGUCAGGAAACUGCGAAACUUGGGCCUCACGAAAAUAUCUGAUUUUACAGUAUUUAAUCCAAUAAACAACCCUUAGUUUUGUCAAAAUUGUAUAUAUGAUGGAUAUUUGCAGUGAGCUAAAAUUCAGUAGUUUUAAAGAAAGUGACAUAUUUGUAGAUGUUAAAUUAUCAGAAACUCCUCUAAAUGCAGCUGUUAUUUUAUAUAUGCUAUGGAAAAUUAAAGCUUUUAACAUAAUUAGAAUAAGAUUAAUGUUCAUUUAUAUAAGAAGGGAUGUUUAUUGGAGUAAAUAGGUUUAAAUGUAUGAUUAACAAUUUUGUAAUGUGUAUGAAUGAAUUUACAAAAUUAAUAUGGUUUUGUACAAAAUGUUAUUUAUUAGGUUGUAUGCAUACUUCCAUAUUUAUUUUCAUUCGUGAAUUUUUAUAAGAAAAAAUGAUAUUCUGUAAAAUUUUGAAAGUGAAAUGGAUUGUAGAAAAUUCUGAAUUUCUUGAUAAUUGGUACUUCAAUGCAUGUAUUUUUACUUGGCUAAGCAUGUACAGAAAUAGAAUAUUUAUUAUGAUUAGAAACUGUACUGGAAGGAAAACAACCAAAUGCAGAUCUACACGUUUGAUGGAAUGAAUGUCGGAGGCUUUAUUUUCUAUGUGAUGGUGUGGAAUGAGCAAGUUUUGAAAGGAUGUUGUGAAAUUUUUACGGUAUGGUAGGAAAUAUGACAUAUCAAUGCUAGGUUGUAUAUAUAUUAAUUUAGUUUAAAACUUUUAUUUGAUAUUGUUAGCUGUGCUAUUAAAGUCUGAUUAUGUCUGAUGUGAAAGGUCAAGAGUUCAAAUGACAUUUUUAAAAACAUGUUAGGAAGAAAUUAACCAGCUUUUGAGCCUUCUACGUUGUACGGCACAAUUACACUGGGAUCAUCAAAUUGUAUACCUAUUUACGUAGCUGAUGCCAUUUCAUUAAGCAAAAAAUACUUCUAGGUGUGCUUUUAUGUCACCAAUAACAACGAAAUUUCUCUAUGUAGUUGCAAAUAACUUUACCAGCUUUAUGUAUGGUUGUACAUUUGUGUUACUUUCAUUUUCAAAAAUACGUCAAUAUCUGUAAAGCAGGAUGUUGAAAGAAUUUUUUGUUAAGUGAUGAUCAUCAUCACAAUAAAAUUUGAUGUAAUUACAAAUUUUGUUUACAAUUCUAUAUUGAAUAAAAUAUAACCAAAUACAAUUCAAUGGCUGCUGUAGAACUUCUUGAAUUUGUUGAAAAAAAAUUAGAAAAAGUUUUAAAGUACAUGUAGUAAAUAUGACUGACAUAGAACUAGGACAGAAAAUAUACUUGUUUGAGAUUUGAGAAUUAUAUGGUGUGGUGGUAUAUUUCCUUCAUAUAUAUAUGGUAUAUAUGCAAGAUACAGGCACCUUAGUCAAAGUUGGAAUGUGAUACUAGGAAUUUUAUUUUCAAUUUGAGAGUAUCAUGCUCCAUGUUCAAUUGCCAGAAACAUGAGGAAAUACAGAAUAUUUUACCAAUGUAGUGAACCAAAUGCUAAGGCCCUCAGUGGUAUGUAAGCAACUGUACUUAAAUAUUUCUGUGAUUAGUGGGUGUGAAACAUUCCAUGUUUGUUUUGAAAUAUUUUAAUUACACAAUAUUUUCUAUAUGCAACAUAAUGAUCUGCAAGUUUUUUACGCCUCUACCAUUAUAUAUUAAUGAUCUGCUAGUUUUUUACGCCUCUACCAUUAUAUAUUGGUUGUUUGAAGUUUUACUGAAGUCUGUCCGAUUCUGAUUCAGCAGUUUCAUUAUAUCAUGGAUUUAAACAAAAAUGUUAUACAGAGGUCAAAAGCAAGAAGACUUCAAUGGGUUCAUAUUUUAGGGUUCAAAGGUCAAGGGCAAGGUCACCAUUUAAUAUUAUUAUUGUAAUUUAUCAAACUGACUUUCACAGGAGUAAGGGUAUUCAUGUCUUAAGACAUUUUUAGUUUUUUAAUAAAAAAAAUGUUCUGAAUGAGGUGAACUAAAGCAGAAGUCAUCUCAAAGCAAAGAAACAUUAACAGAAUUAUAUUACAUAGAUUAUAUUACAGGACAGGACAGGAGGAUGUUUCAAGAAAGUGCGAUAUUAAGCACAGUGAUAUAAAUCAUUUCUUUGUUGAGGCAGGACAGUGUUAUUAUUCUGUUUUAGGAAAUAUGAUCAUCACAAGGCUGUACUCUACAAUUACUGAAAAAUGGAAAACAGUUUUGUUAUGCAACAUUAUUUCUGUCUGAUGAAGAUGAUCAAUGUCAUGAAAACAUAUCCCCUAAGUUGUGAUAUUUUUUGUUUUUUGAUCAUGUUGAUGUCUAGUUGUGUGGUUUAUCAUUGAGUAAGCUUAUCAUUGAGUAAGCAAGCCAACAUAACAUUUAUAAUGCCCGGUACACUUCAAAAACUUUGUAAUAGCAAAAUUUGAACUCAUUCACCCCUGAAAUUUCAUAAUGAACUUUUCCAACCUUUGAAUUGGAAGAGUUCAAAUGCGUCUUGAGGGAUAAAUGAGUUAAAAGAUUUACUGUAUACCGGAAAAUAUUUGCUGCAGUUUAACUUUCGUCUUUAUCGCCCUCACAAAUACCUGGUAAGGGCAAAUUUAUCAUAACAGUUAAUAUUAGUACACAACACGCACUAUAUCUAGGUCUUGCAUGUAAACGGCGAAAUUUACACUCAGCGAAGAUGGACUUUAUUGGCAAAAGGCAAAUAUUUGAUAAGGCGAAAGUUUUCCCGUAUACAGUAUUUUGUAUGUGUAAGUCAUUAACUAUACAUCAUUGUAAAUUAACUAUAGAUCUAGUGCUGACAACACAGUAAAAGCUAUUUCCGUCCAUGAUCAUGUAUUUAUUAUAUCAUUUGAAAUAAUAAACAAUUUA